CAACAACUUCCAGUUAAGAAACAUACUACGGUCUUUCUGGCAACAGGAAACAGAUGUUGGCUCCAGUUGAUGAUGUUACGGCAUGGGGGGAGUCCCUCGACCAGCUUCUGCAGUGUAAAACAGGCCAGCUGGUGUUUGAGGACUUCUUGAGGACAGAGUACAGCGAGGAGAACCUCCUGUUCUGGCUGGCCUGCGAGGGCUACAAGAAAAUCGCCGGUGAGACAGAGCUGACGGUUGCCGCCAAAAGGAUCUACACAGAGUUUGUCCAAGUUGAUGCUCCGAGACAGAUAAACAUUGACUGUGUGACGAGAGAAGAAAUAAGUGAAAAUAUCUCUCAGCCGGGGCCAAAUUGCUUCGACGGGGCGCAGAGAGUGAUAUACGGCUUGAUGGAAAACGACUGUUAUCCCCGAUUCCUGAAAUCAGAAAUCUACCAAGCUCUCCUGGAACAGGCUGAAAAGCGAUGA